CCGUGCUCUUCACCACUACCAUCUUGCCGGUUUCUUCUCAGGCACAAAAGGAUCUUAAUUUAUAGGCGCCUCUCCGGCCCUCGUCUCUCUUCUUUAGCUCACGAACCUACACUCCUCCUCUCGUACGUUCCACGAAUCGACACACCGAUGUUACGACACCUCGCCGCGCUGAUCCUCGCCGCCGUCUUGACGGCGUCCACGAGCUCCACCGAUGCUGCCCGCGCUUUCCGCUCCAAUGGCCGCCGCCUGAUCGGCGUCAGCAGCCAAGAGGACUGCAUAGCCAUAUGCCAACAGGUGCACUACAAGACGCUGUGCAGCACGCUGGCGACGCUGCCGGGGGUGACGACGCCGCAGCUGCUGCUGGAGGCGGCGCUGCGGGUGGCGGCGGCGAAGGCGGCGCUGGCGGAGAUGCGGCUGGACGUGGCGAUGAAGGCCGGGGGCGCGGCCAUGGGCAACGCCAUGUCGUCGUCGCUGCAGUCGUGCAAGGACAGCUACGCGUCGCUGGUGGACGCGCUGGAGACCUCGCGGGCCACGCUCAGGGACGGCGGCAGGAAAGACGACCUCAUGUCGGAGCUCUCGGCGGCCGGCACCUACUCCACCGACUGCCAGGACAUCUUCGACGAGCGGCCGGAGCUCAAGUUGCCCAUACCCGGCACGCAGCGCCACGUCACCCGCCUGGUCAGCAACUGCAUCGACCUGGCUGCCACCAUCAAGCAGCCCUGAGAGUGUGUCUGUGCAUGCAUGCGCGGGCAUCCGAUCGCGGGCGCUGCAUUCAUGAACACAAUCCUAUAGGACUCCGGCCCUAUGGACCUGACGGAUUAUGGCAUGUAGUAUUGAUGUUUUUCACGUUACGUGUAUUUUAGUGUACAUGGCUAUGUAUGUAGAUUUGUCAUCUCAGAGGUGUAUUACGUUUCAUAGGUAUGUUGUGGAUAGAGAUGAACUGUCUGUAGUUGUGCAAGGAGAUUAACAGACCCGAAAGGUUUAUGUAUUCAGUUAUUGAAAAUC